AUGAUUUUGGAUGUUUAUCCUUCCUCUAAUACUUCACAAUGUUAUGAACAAAUAAUAGAACCGUCCGAUAUAUUACAGAUGGAUGAAAAAAGUUUGAUUUCUCAACAAUUUCAUAUCUUGCAAAGACCUUUUGAAAAUGGAGAUUUCAACGAACAAAUGUACAGAACAAAACAAAUUGUUAAUAGAUAUAAUGUGACAAACCAAUUAUAUAUUUUGAAAUAUGCUAAAACUCAAUUACCACAACCAUUUAAAAUCAUACAAAUCCCUAAUACCGAUGAAAAAAUAAUGUGCAGAAGAGAUGGAUAUUUAACAUCUUUAUUAUUCGAUAAUCAUCAAUCUACCAUUUUAUACAGUACUGGAUUUGUAAAUCUUUUGGAUUGCGUAUACGUGGAGGAAAAUGGUGUUGAUACUAUUAUUGUUGUUGGUAUUCAAAAUAUUGAAGGAGGAGCUGCCACUGCAACCAUUAUGAAAAUUGAUUGGAGGAACAGUGCGUCAAGAUCAACAACUUUAUUUACUCUUCACACAUUCGAUACAACUUAUUUUGCCAGUUUUAUUGGAAAAAUAAUGUUAACAAAAACUCAAUCUAUGGUUAUUCUUGUUGGAUCAACUACCGAAGAUAUAUUAAGGCUUUACCAUGUUACCUAUAGUUUUGUUUUUUAUGUUGGAACCAUUAUUGAUCUUCAACAAUACUUGCCUCGUACCUAUAAGCCUCCUCUACUUUCAAACCAAUUGGAAUUACCAUGUCAAAUAUUUCAAAAUAAUACAAUCACUCUCUAUACAGUAGUAAUGGAGGAGUAUAGAUCAAUAGCUAUUUUAGAAAUUAAAGGCGAAGAUAAGGGCUCAUUCAGUGUUUCAAGAGUUUUACCCAUCUUGGAUAUUCCUCGAAAUGAGAGCUCGAUUUCGAACAUUUUCCUUCUAAAUAAUAAUGCCAAUCUCUUAGCCGUCUCAUAUGCAAACAGUACCAGAUAUGUGUCACAUAUUUACGCAGAUACUUCUAGCAAUAAUAUGUUAAAAUAUGAAACAAGAGCAUUUGGUAUGAAAGAUAUAGCAAAUAUAAUUAAUCUAAAACAAGUACACUUUUGCAAUGUAUUUGAUACUAUUUUUUUAAUGGAAAUAAGAGAAAGAUCCAUUCAAACAUUUACUAUCACUACAAAGAAUCUCUACCCAGAACUUGUGAAUGAUAUCAAACGAUUCGAAAGUGAUUGGAGACCUGAUAAGAUUGAUGGCAAAAAAAUUCAGGUCUUGGAUUUGGUAUUCGAUAGUGAUAAUUCUACGUACAUCAGUUCAAAUAGCAGCUCAGUAGCUGAUAUUAGAUAUGAGAUUGACAAUGCUGACAUUGGCAUCAAAGCAUCAGUAAUUCACUUAUUGCGUAUUGAUUUUGAUGUGAAAAGUUUUACAAUCAGAGCUAUCAAUUCACUUUCUAUUGUAUACUACAAUUUACCUUCCAGUGUCACCAAGGAUCUCUCUUCUUUCUUUCCCUACUCUAACAAUACCAUAGUUUUUACAAUUAAUACAGUCAAUAACACAGUUGAAUAUACUGAACUCUUUGAGUUUGAUACAUUCGCAUGGAUUCAAAAUGUAAGAAAAGAAUUUAAUGAUAUUAGCACAGACGACACAAUGUACAUUUUCGACGAUCAUCUCUAUUUAACCAACUCUACAACAGGUGCACUCGUUACAAACUUGGAAAAUUACAAGAUUCAAUAUAUUACAUUUCCAAACCUUACUCAAAUAGAUCCUUUGGAUAAAACCGUCAAAAUCAGUACGGUUUUGCAUAAGAACAUGUCUGAAUAUCUUGAAACAGUUCCAAAACCUGUUUUUCCACAUGAGCAAUACAUGUUUUUUGCGACCUCAAGAGGUUACAUUUACCAAAUGUCAAUGGAGGGACUAAAUUCACAAAUAAUAACUGAAAAUACUAUUUUUGUUGGAAACAGCUCGUGGAUACCUAUGUCAGGCCUAUUUUUCAACCUCCAUCUCUACCUUACUUUCUAUCCUGGCCAUAUUCUCGACAUUGAAUACAAGGAAAUAUUUUUAAAUGGUAAAUACCAACUUUAUCCUUACAAGAAGGAAUUUUACGAGUUGGCCUUUCUUAAUGAUAUAUCAAUGGGAAAGAAGUCUACCAUGUGGACAGCUCAGCUUGAUUGCUAUGCUGAGUAUACUUAUUUCACAGGUGAUAAGGAGGCAAUUUACAAGUUAGAAAUGAGAAAUGUUCCACUCUCACUGUACGAUAUUGAAUCUGUGAAUAUUAAUAACAUUGCAGAUAUGAAAGCAUCUGAUAAUAGUGGUAUGCUCUAUUUAAUAGACUAUAACGGUAACAUUUUGAUAAGAGACAUCUCCUUGUAUCCUGAUGUGAGAUUCUAUCUUGUCAUUGCAGUAAUUUCUCUUUUGGGUAUUACUUUACUGGUUGUUAGUAUUGUGUGUAUUAUUCCUGUAAUAAUGAGAUACAGAAGGAGAAAACUCAUAUUUGAGAAGAGAAAGACCUUUAGAGAACUUGUUAAAAACAAGACAACUAAUACUAAGUUCAUUCUAGAAAGAAGACUCUAUGUUGUGGAUCCUUAUAUCUUAUUUGUAAAGAAGAAAUAUUUUGCUCCCGACAUUAUCACUCACAGAAGUGUGGGUCCUCAUGGUAUUAUGUUUGAAGCAACUAUUCAUAACUCGCCAGUCAUGCUCAAAAAGAUAACAACCAGUCUCAAAGUGUACAGACAAGAUUUGGAAGAGGAAGCAAUGAAGUUGGUAUCUAUACGUCACAAAAAUGUACAGAAAUAUGUUGGAUUAUCAGUGGAUGAUCAAAACAACAAGUAUAUUGUAUAUGAAAAACUUCCAGAUUUUGAAGGAUCCCUUAGAGAUUACAUUGAUUAUGGCAUACUCAAACACCAAACAAUUUCAGAAGAGAAAAUUUCUACUUACGAAAAGUUCUCAAUAUCAUUCCAAGAAAAACUUGUCUUGCUAAGAGAUACUAUUAAUGGACUUCAAUACCUACACAAAAAGGGAAUAACAAUGUGGGGCAACUUGAAGCCAUCCAAUAUUCUCAUUCAUUUUGUUGAGCCCGAAGAAACCACCAAUACCAUUCAAGAGCAUUUGGACAAGUCCUAUCUCACUUCCAGUCAAGCCAAUUUUAUUUCUGGUAGAAAUGUAGCAAAAAUAACUGAUUAUGCUUUCCUUCACUAUUGUAAAGGUGUAAUCUAUAAGCCAGAAGAUUUAAUUUAUACAAGCCCUGAGGCCCUUGAAAAUGAAACAUCUAAAUCAGAAGCGUCUGUAGAUAUAUAUAGUUUCGCUCUUGUAAUGUUUGCUCUUAUAUUUAUGAUAUCUCCAUGUGAGGAUGUUCCAUCAAUUAAUACCAGCAAGCCAUCCAUACCAUUCGAUAGUAACAAUGACGAGGCAGUAUGGGAAUGGUUCUCAAACUCAUACAGUAACGAUGACUAUUUAGGAAUGCUAAAUUACAACAUUUUAAAUCAUGAUAAUACCAAAGUCAAACAGACUACGAUUAAGAAUAUUAAGAAAAUAGUUUCCAUGAUUGAGAAGAUGUGGUCGAGUGAUCCUUCAUCACGCCCAUCAAUUCGUGAAGUUAUUGAAUUGUUCAAAGAAGUUAUUGUUUAA